CUUGCUCUGUGAGUUGCAAAAACCUUGGGAAUUGGCGCUUCAUGGCCACCCAUGUUGAGGUUUAUGCUGGCAUUUAUGCCUUUGGCAGCUGCCCUUGGAAUUGGCGGCAUCUGCACGAGUCAGAGAGCAAGCACCUGUGUGGUGAGUACAAACCGAACGUUCUCUAGCAAGAAGGUUGUCCGACUGUCAGGAAGCAUCAAACACUUACAAUUCAGAGGGGCUUGGUGGCAGUGCACACCCCGCCUUUCAUCUGUUGAGAACAUUGUGAUCGAGAUCUAUGUUCAAGGUACAUUGAGUCUGCUAGAAGGCUCGUUGCUCCACUGCCCCACUGUUGUGAUUCAAGCAAAGAAUGUGGUCAUUUCGGACACCUCCGAGAUCAGUACCAAUGGGACCUCACAUAUGUUGGACACCGGAAGCCUUGGUUUGGCUCUGCCGCAGCGAGGAGCUUCGCACGGCGGCUUGGGAGGCACAGCCGGGGGCAGUUGUGUCGACGAUGCUCAGCUUGCAAAACGCCUGACCUCCUCCCCGCAGCAUGGCGACCCUUUUGCGCCCUGGGAGUUUGGCCGCGCAGGAGGUACGGCAGGAAAGCGUGGGGCUGGAGGAGGGCGCAUCCGGAUUCAGGUGGAGUCCGAAAUCCGUUUGAAUGGCACGCUGUCUGCUGCUGGUGUUGCUCCAGAUGAAUCUGACGAUGAUGAGAACGCUGCAUGUGGCUCCGGAGGAUCAAUUUGGAUUUCCAGCACAAGCAUUGUCCAGCCUGUGUCAAAUCCCCAGCCGACCACUGCGGACACCAGUGACAGCAAAGGUGAGGUCGAUUUUGUUGACGGCAUCGGUCCGGCCUCGACGCUUCAGAAGGGCUGGAUUCUGGCACCUGGUGGCUGCUGCCGGAAAUGCAUGUGCGGCGGUGGUGGACGUAUUCUCACUGAAGUUUCUUCUGGGACUGUUCCCAGGAACGUCAUCAUAGCUGGAGGCUGUUUCCGUGAAGUCUUGAAGAUGGAUGGCGAGGGCUGCCGUUGCGGAUCGGCUGGAACAUGGGCUUUCAGCAAGUGCCAAGGCAGACGACGUCGCCUAGUGCCAUCACCUGUGAGGCUGCCGUUGUUCAAAAGAUUUCGACGAACUCAACGACCUGUGCCACAGCCCAGCUCUUGCGCGGUUGCGACACUUCGCGUGGACAACUCCUACGCCGUGAAUCUGGCCGGAGCAAAGCUGCCUCAACCAACAUCACUGCCUGCAUUCACAAGUCCUCUGUCGUUACAGGUCAACGAUGCGUUGGUGGUUCCGGCGGAUCAAGAUGCGACCUGGCUCCUUUCUGGCCUGGCGAUGCUAUCGGAUCAAACGGGCUCCACGCUGAAGCACUUGGGACCUGGGCCCUUGGUCUUGAAUUUCAGCAAAACCAACGAUGGCCUCGAAUUGGCCUUCUCCUCGAUUCUGCAGGCUCGUGAGCUACAGAUUUUGGGCGCGCGGCAUAUCACCCUGCGGCAGAAUGCUGCCAUCGACGCCAAUGUUGCUAAUCUUGAGGCAGACGAAAUUCAUGCACACCAAGGAGCGCUUGGGCAGGGUGAAGGAGUCUUCAAGAUGAAGGCAAAUAAGGUGGUCUUGGGAAGUGGUCGCCUCCGUGCUGGCUCCAUCAUUGCAGAAGAGGAUUUGGUGAUCAAGCGUGGCAGUCGACUCCAGUCCAGCCAACGGCGCUGUGAUCAGCUUCCUGUUCGCUUGGAAGGCCCUUGCGACAGCUUCUUGUCAAGCGCUGACUUCGCCAAUCGAACAUGGCUCGAGAAUGUCAGCUUCGACAUCCUGCUUGCAAGCAGGAAUGGUGGCAUUGUGGUGGAGGAAGAGGCGGAGAUCUAUGCUGGAGCUUUCCUUCUCUGCAGCAAGAAAAAUGUCACAGUUCACGGCCUCAUCAGUGCACGGGGUUUGGGCUGUGCACCAAAUCGCGGUGACGCUCCUGGCACGGCGCCGCAGGUUCAACCGGAUGGCCGGCGCAGUGACUUAAGCUGCGGAGGUGGAGGGGGAGCUCACUGUGGCAAUGGAGGUGACGGAGUGCAGAAUAAAUCCCAUAAAGCUUGCCUUCACACGGGAGGCCUGAAAUACGAUGGUUGGUGGCAAUCUCCGUCUGGCAACCAACCUUCGAGAGUGCCCACUUGGUCAGCAAGUGGAGGCGGAGGUGACACAGCGGGUGCUGGCGGUGGCAUCAUUUGGAUCCAAUCUGAAGUCUUAGAGAUGCCCUCAAACAGUACCAGCAUUUCUGCCAGUGGCGAGGACGCUGUGGGGCGAGGGGAUGGUGGCGAUGGUUCUGGCGGUGGCGCUGGCGGCACAGUCAUUAUCAAUGCCACCAAAGUCAAUGGAAGCGCUGCCAUUGAGGCUGCAGGAGGAAAAGGCGGUGGAUGCAUAGGCGGUGGAGGUGGCGGUGGCGCCAUCGGAAGUGCUGGUCCAAACGCCUCCCAGGUGUGGGCUGACUACACCGGCAGCCUGCUUGUUCACGGAGGUGGUGGCGACUCCUCUUUGGCAUGCAGAGGCCUUCAUGUUGAGCGAGGAUGCGUGGGAGAACUGCUGCAAUUGGGAGUUUGCCCAGCGGGCCACGCGGGCGUUUUCUGUGCCGAGUGCCCGGCGGGCACCUACAACCCGCCAAACGAAAAGGAUCCACAGAACCUCACAGCCAUGUUCCGUAUGUGUGUUCCCUGCAAGAACAAGCCUUCACAGGGCUACUACACAACCACUGGCUGGCUCAACGAGACUUGCCCAUAUGCUUGCCCAUCUGGCUUUCCACCAAUGGAAGUCAACCCGAACUGCGAUGACCCUUGGAGCUAUUACUUCGCCAAGGUUGGAGGAGUUCGGGGCGUGGGAGUUCUCAUUCUGCUCGUGGCCGUCUCCUUCGGCUGGCUGCUCUCCCGCCAGCGGGUUCAGACACGGCGGCGUCUCCAAUGGUUGCAGAAGCAGCGCAAUACUGGCCAUCGCUAUGUCGGCAUGAAUGACGAGGAGAUGCUUCUCUUUGAAUCACUCCGUGGCAGGCAUCCAUUGGCUGACCUGGAUGUUGGCAACGCAGAGGGCACCGUUGGAGAUUUCGUGAGCGCCGUGCACAGUCUCCGCAGCCGCACGGUGGGCGAGUCACGGCCGCGGUGGCUCUUGGGCUAUGUGGUCAGCUGUUGGCGCUCUCUCUUUCGUGCACGGAAGAGUGUGAAGAAGGAGGCACACCUACUGCACAUCGGAGAUUUGCCUUACCACACUGCAAGAAUAUACCUCUUUGGGGACAACACGCCACGAGACCCUUGGCGACUGGGACAGGUGCCCGAGGAACUGCGGCAAUACAUUGAAGAGAGACGUUGGGCAAACUUUACUGCAGAGGUCAACCGCCUGUGUGCUACAAGGAUGCGUUUCCAGAUGGUGGCAGAGGGUGUUCUGAGAUGGAUCUAUCUACCUGUGGCUGAGUACAUCCGAUGGCGCCUUCGAUUCUCCCGAGCCGCUGAAGUCGCUGCUUUUGUUUGGUCUCGAAGUGAAGACUCCACACAUGAACAGACCAUUUGGAGGCUGAGCCUGGACAACUCCAGCCGCUUUGGCUUGAAGUUUGGGACUGACCGAGAAAUGACCUUGGCAUUCGUCGAUGUCUUGGACUACUGCAAGGCUCUUGAGAAUUGGGUCAUUAAGCCUCAGCUUCCCAUGCUCAUUGCAGCUGCUGGAGAUGGUGAGUAUACAGCACCGUACCACCUGGACUAUGCUGACCCUUUUGUUCAGUCAGUGGCCCAAUACCUUGGACGCCGCACUUGGCACCAGGUUCUACUGCCCUUCAACUUACUGGCAAGGCUACUUCCUCCGAACCCUACUGAGGAGGACGUCAAACCAUUGCGCCGCUCGAUGCAACGGGUGUCGAACAGAGCUUUGCUCCAAACGGAUAUUGAGUGUCAUGCAGUGUUGUUUGAAGUCUUGGUUCCAAAGACGAGCUUUGCUUCCAACAUCCGAAGAAGGAAUGCCGAGGUGACACCAACCCGUCGACAAGGCUCCUGGGAGAUACAGAUCAGCCACGUGGACCAGCCUCACGAUACGUUUCCAGGUACAGGUAAAGCAGGCUGGAACAGUGGCUCUGGGACUCCCACUGGAAGUCUCACACCAGCAAUGCAGUCUGGGGAGCAUGUCUUGCGGCGCAGACUAGCCUUGGUACUAACGCAGAGGACAAAGAACUCCUCCAGGGCUUGGUCAAGCACUUCCGCUACUGCUCUUCACGAACGACUGUCUCGUGUAAUUCCCUCCCCUGUGGGAGGUCUGGUAUAUCCGACAGAGUUCUUGAAUUUGGCGCAGUACUCUCCAGCCAUUUGUCCUUCUCCCAUACCUGACUUUCAGAACUUUACGGAUUUGCCAGAACUGGAUCGCCAGGAUACUGAGACGGCCUACCACGACUUCGACAGCCUCCUCAGGCAGCGAAGUUCAGGGCGCUUGGGCAACAGCGCACUAUCUGCAGCUUUCAGAGACUGCGGAUGGUCAGCUGAAAGCGAGCCGCUGUCGCCGCAGAUCUCAACCUACAGCAAUCUCGGUCCAGAUCCAUCUCCAGCCAGAAGUGCCCGGAUGAGCUUGCGCUUGCGGCGGGUUCAUUCGGCUCGGAGUGCCUUGGAGAUGCUGUUGGAAUGGAUCGGAGGAUCCUUCAUGCGUGUGAUUCAGCGCUUGGAGGCCAGCUUGCACUUUGUCGCUGCUCCCGGGAAUCAUAUCUAUAGCUGGUAUUUGAAAAGACUUCGAGCCAUCAGAGCGAUUGGUGGCGUGGGGCGACAGACUGGCUUGUACCUGAGACACCGAAAACCACGUGGAUCACAGGAGUCCACUCUUCUUUGCUUGAUUGUCAUUAUCGCCGUUGCGGUUUUGGGCUUCAUCGCGCAGUUUUCCAUUCUAUUCAGUGUACAGCCUCGCCAUGGAGCAUUCUUUGCAGCUUUGCUGCUACCACCGUUCGCAGACAUCUUGGCUCUUGUGAACACCACGCUUUUUGUGUGCGGUGCUGCGGACGGUACCACUGCCUGCCUCUUUGUGGUUGCAUCCAACUUGAAUUCCUUGAUUGGCCUUUUGUGUCGGCUCAUGGCCAUGGAGCGUUGGCGUUCCUCGGGGCUCUUCCAUGUCCUUGGUGAAUACUUGAUGGUGUUUGUCGUGAAAGUCUUGAUGUGCAGAUGGGUCAAUCUCAUGAUCGCCUUCGGGGAGGCGGAGCCUGCUCUCCUUGAGCCGGGGGGCAAUGAUGCAGACCAUGAAUGGGUGCGUGAUCAUGUUCUUUUUCGGCGGCCGGCUGCCAGCCCGCCAAAGGAAACGGCCGGCUCUGCAUCAGCCACAGUCUCUGCUCGGCCGCCACCCUUGGAGGAGAUGUAUGUGGAACAGAACUCCCGCAGCUGGUUGGUGAAGGGUUUGGACUCGUCGCGGACCCUCUCCGACAGAUUUGAGGAGGCACCUGAGCGGAUCAGCCCUUCAGAUCCAACGCUUCGGGGCAGCGACAGUGUCAGUCUGUCUGACGGUUGGACCCCACUUCUCCACAAAGUGAGUGGCAAACCAUCGUUUCAUAUAGAUAAAAAAGACUCAGAUUUUCCCUGAGCUUUGAGCCUUCUGCAAUGGCUCCUCUUCUCGCAAG